AGGUACCAGUCAGUGCGUGCUGCGAGUCAUCUGAUUUCUGCAUUGUUUUGACUAUACAGAGAUUGAGGAGUGUCCGGGCUCCUGUCUAUGGUGGAAAGACAUGAAACGUUGAAAAUAUAAGUGUAUUUCUCAGGAAUAUGAUGUCGUGGACAAUGGUCCUCAGUGUCCAGAAGACUUUUUCCCGAGAGACUUUACUAUGUCUGUGCAUGGUGUGGGCCUGUGUUUUAGCACAAGGCAGCGACGAGACCUUGACACCUAAAGACGUCCCACAAGGAGCCUCCACCUUGGCCUUCGUGUUUGACAUUACAGGAUCUAUGUACGAUGACCUGGUGCAAGUUAUAGACGGAGCUGCCAAAAUUCUGGAGACAACUUUGUCUCGGAAAGAAAAACCACUAUACAAUUAUGCACUGGUGCCAUUCCACGACCCAGAUAUUGGCCCUGUGAUCAUCACGACAGAUCCAGAGGAGUUUCAGCAGCAGCUUAGAGAACUGUAUGUACAGGGAGGAGGGGACUGUCCUGAGAUGAGUGUGGGGGCAAUCAAGAAAGCUCUAGAGAUCAGCUUGCCCUCAUCCUUCAUCUACGUCUUCACUGAUGCACGAUCAAAAGAUUACUACUUGAAGCCAGAAGCACUUAGACUUAUUCAAGAAAAGCAGAGCCAGGUGGUGUUUGUUCUGACUGGAGACUGUGGGAACCGGACCCAUCCUGGCUACCGUGCCUUUGAAGAUAUCGCUGCCACAAGUUCUGGACAGGUGUUCCAUCUGGAGAAAAAAGAUGUCAACCAGGUGUUAAACUUUGUGCGUGUAUCCCUGCAAGCCCGCAAAGUCAACCUGGUAGCUCAGGACCAUAACCAGGGUGGGAUACACGAGUUGGUUCUCCCAGUUGACAACCAGUUACGUGAAAUCACAGUUUCAGUGAGUGGUCAGAACCCAGCAAUCACUGUAAAGGACCCCACAGGUUUAGUCUUGUCUGAAGGCAAUGGUUUGACUACUCUGUUACAACUUGAGUCUGUAUUGGUGGUGAAUGUGAAGGCCCCCAUGCCUGGCCCAUGGACGUUAAAAGCCAGCAGCACAGGGCUCCACACACUAAGGGUCACAGGUCUGAGUUCACUGGACUUCACUCAUGGCUUCUCAAGAAAGCCAACAAGGAACAUUACAGCAGCAGCAUCAAGACCUAUCUUGGGUAUUCCGACAUACGUGGUUGUGAAUGCAACAGGCUUGAUACCUCCUGGAGUUAUCAACAAACUAGAACUCAUCAACUUACAAGGGCUGUCCUUGAUAGAGGUGCCUGUAUUUCGCCAUCCAGAGCAGCAUUACAGCUCUCUGUACAAUGUCAGUGGUAUCCUACCUCCAGAAGGCUUCUUUUACCUCCGUGUCUCUGGAGUUGAUGUGGAUAAUUUCAUUUUCCAGCGAAUCACUCCCUCGGCCCUCAAUGCAGAGAUACCAGCUGAACCAGUGGUCAGUAUGGCAGAAAGACAACCUGGCUACUAUGAGCAGACAGCAACUGUGGUGUGCAAUGUGCAGAGUGUCGUGCCUUUUACUGUUCAGUGGAGUAAAGAUGGAAAAAGGCUUGGCUCAGAUUUAUACUUCAGGGAGUCUACCAAUGUGACAUGGGAGAUACUUGAUGUGUCCAUUGCAGCUGAAGGCAUGUAUGAAUGCAAAGCUUUCAGUAUUGCUGGAGUGGACAAAGCCAGGACUUUCUUGGAUGUGAGAGAACCACCACCAAUCAUUGUAAGAGCCAUUGGAGGCAGUGCACCACCAGGAGGAAAUACUGUACUCUCAUGCAUUGUAACUAGUGAGACUCCUUUUAAUUUGACAUGGAAAAGGGAUGGAAAGCAGCUGCAGUUCUUACUAUUGCCUCAUAUGGAACAGCUGGCCAAUGGGUCAUUGAAGAUUCAGGUCCAGGGCACAGCAGAUGAAGGAGAAUAUGAGUGUAUUGCAGCUAAUGAAGGAGGCCAUGUGUCAGGAAUGGUGUAUCUAGCUGUACAAACGCCACCUGUGAUAACAAUUACUGAGGAUGUGAGCACCUUCGUUGCAAAGGACAAUGUCACAAUUGUAUGUACGGCCAAGGGUUACCCCAAACCAGGCAUCAUGUGGCUGCAUAAUGGACAACUACUUCUUCCAAGUGCUCACUAUCAGAUUUCUCCUGAUGGAAGUGGGCUUACGGUAAUAAAUGCAAGGGUUGAAGAUGCUGGGAACUACACCUGUCUUGCAACAAACAGUGCAGGAAGCCAGCGAGGAAUUGUCAAUCUUCAAUACCAUGAGGUUCCCACUGUUGAGGUUUCCUCUGCCUCUCAACUAGUGUCUGAAGGAGAUACAGCUGUUUUAGAGUGUAAAGCCUCUGGAAUUCCAGCCCCUUCUUUUACUUGGUUGAAAGGGAAGGAAGAGCUGAGUGACCUUCCUUACAUAAAAAUUCUGAAUGGCAAGCUGGAGAUCACUGGAGUACAGCUGGCUGACAGUGGGGAGUAUGUGUGUGUAGCAACUAAUGCGGUUGGAUCCACCUCCAUCAGCAGUUUCCUUGAAGUUGAAUUUCAGCCUACCUUCUCAGUAGCUCCUGUUGACGUGGGAGUAGACAUUGGUUACAACGUAACACUACCAUGUGAGUCCGUGGGCUCUCCAACACCAACCAUAAGGUGGACACACCAUAGCCAGCCUGUUGACUUGUCAGACAGGCACUACAAGCAACUAGACAGUGGAUUAUUGAUACAAAGCGUGGGCCUGGAACAGGAGGGGUCUUACACUUGCAUAGCAGAAAAUGCACUUGGGAAGAUGCAGGCAACUCUGCUUGUAACAGUUACUGGUCUUGUGUCACCUGUAGUGACAACUGUCCCCCCAUCAGUCAGCGUGAUAGUGGGUUCUGAUGUCCGUCUGCCAUGUCCUGUGUUGAUGGGUAACCCCCCUCCACGUCAUCAGUGGUACAAGAAUUCACAGAUCCCUUUAGAUGAGGAGCCAGGGAUAUUGGAAUUUGGUGAUGAUCGUAGCUUGUCGAUCAAAACUGCAGAAUUACUGGACAGUGGAAUCUAUACUUGUGUUGUUACUAAUGUUGCUGGCUCAACAAAUGUUACCAUCUCUCUAAAAGUACAAGUUAUUCCCAGUAUAUCUGAAGACAAGACUGAGUACACUGUGGUACAAGGUCGGCAGGUUGUGCUGACAUGUGAUGCUGAUGGUGUGCCCUCCCCAACUGUGACCUGGAACAAUCGAGGAGAACCUGUAAGUGACAGGCCGGGCAUGUCCAUCUCAGACACAGGAGCUCUGAUCAUAAGUUCAGCCAGGCCUGCAGAUUCUGGUCCUUACACCUGCACAGCCAUCAACCCAGCAGGGGUAGCCUCCAGACAGGUCAACCUGCAGGUGUUUGUCCCACCAUCAGGUACAAAUUUCACUGAUAAUUCAACCAAUGAGGUGACAGCAACAGUUGAUGACAAAGUCAGUCUACCGUGUGAUGUGGACGCCAUUCCUCCCCCAGUCUUUGCUUGGAUUAAGGAUGGACAGGUGUUGUCAGGUCCUCGACAUUCCAUCUCCUCAUCUGGUACACUGAACAUUGUGGCAGUUCAAGUGGGUGACAGCGGAAAAUAUGUGUGUGUGGCAACUAAUGAGGCUGGUAACUUCACAUUGGACUUGAACCUGAUUGUCCAAGCCAUUCCCAGUAUAUCUGGAGACAAGACUGAGUACACUGUGGUACAAGGUCGGCAGGUUGUGCUGACAUGUGAUGCUGAUGGUGUGCCCUCCCCAACUGUGACCUGGAACAAUCGAGGAGAACCUGUAAGUGACAGGCCGGGCAUGUCCAUCUCAGACACAGGAGCUCUGAUCAUAAGUUCAGCCAGGCCUGCAGAUUCUGGUCCUUACACCUGCACAGCCAUCAACCCAGCAGGGGUAGCCUCCAGACAGGUCAACCUGCAGGUGUUUGUCCCGCCAUCAGGCUCUGGGAUUGAUGGAACUGAAGAAGUGACUGUGAUGGUGGAUAGUCUGGUAGAACUGCCCUGUAAGGUGGAUGCUUUCCCUCCUCCAACAUUUUCUUGGAUCAAAGAUGGACAAAUGCUGUCAGGCAAUUCUCUGCAGCAUGUUGUUUUACCCUCUGGAACACUGAGGAUUGCUACAGUCCAAGUUGCUGACAGUGGAGAAUACAAAUGUGUUGCUUCUAAUGUGGCAGGGGAGUUAACAAAGGACUACACUCUUGAUGUCCAAGUCAUUCCCAGUAUAUCUGGAGACAAGACUGAGUACACUGUGGUACAAGGUCGGCAGGUUGUGCUGACAUGUGAUGCUGAUGGUGUGCCCUCCCCAACUGUGACCUGGAACAAUCGAGGAGAACCUGUAAGUGACAGGCCGGGCAUGUCCAUCUCAGACACAGGAGCUCUGAUCAUAAGUUCAGCCAGGCCUGCAGAUUCUGGUCCUUACACCUGCACAGCCAUCAACCCAGCAGGGGUAGCCUCCAGACAGGUCAACCUGCAGGUGUUUGUCCCGCCAUCAGGCUCUGGGAUUGAUGGAACUGAAGAAGUGACUGUGAUGGUGGAUAGUCUGGUAGAACUGCCCUGUAAGGUGGAUGCUUUCCCUCCUCCAACAUUUUCUUGGAUCAAAGAUGGACAAAUGCUGUCAGGCAAUUCUCUGCAGCAUGUUGUUUUACCCUCUGGAACACUGAGGAUUGCUACAGUCCAAGUUGCUGACAGUGGAGAAUACAAAUGUGUUGCUUCUAAUGUGGCAGGGGAGUUAACAAAGGACUACACUCUUGAUGUCCAAGUUAUUCCCAGUAUAUCUGAAGACAAGACUGAGUACACUGUGGUACAAGGUCGGCAGGUUGUGCUGACAUGUGAUGCUGAUGGUGUGCCCUCCCCAACUGUGACCUGGAACAAUCGAGGAGAACCUGUAAGUGACAGGCCGGGCAUGUCCAUCUCAGACACAGGAGCUCUGAUCAUAAGUUCAGCCAGGCCUGCAGAUUCUGGUCCUUACACCUGCACAGCCAUCAACCCAGCAGGGGUAGCCUCCAGACAGGUCAACCUGCAGGUGUUCGUCCCUCCAUCAGGCUCUGGGAUUGAUGGAACUGAAGAAGUGACUGUGAUGGUGGAUAGUCUGGUAGAACUGCCCUGUAAGGUGGAUGCUUUCCCUCCUCCAACAUUUUCUUGGAUCAAAGAUGGACAAAUGCUGUCAGGCAAUUCUCUGCAGCAUGUUGUUUUACCCUCUGGAACACUGAGGAUUGCUACAGUCCAAGUUGCUGACAGUGGAGAAUACAAAUGUGUUGCUUCUAAUGUGGCAGGGGAGUUAACAAAGGACUACACUCUUGAUGUCCAAGUCAUUCCCAGUAUAUCUGAAGACAAGACUGAGUACACUGUGGUACAAGGUCGGCAGGUUGUGCUGACAUGUGAUGCUGAUGGUGUGCCCUCCCCAACUGUGACCUGGAAGAAUCGAGGAGAACCUGUAAGUGACAGGCCGGGCAUGUCCAUCUCAGACACAGGAGCUCUGAUCAUAAGUUCAGCCAGGCCUGCAGAUUCUGGUCCUUACACCUGCACAGCCAUCAACCCAGCAGGGGUAGCCUCCAGACAGGUCAACCUGCAGGUGUUUGUCCCACCAACAGGUGAUGGCUUUCAGGGAGGAAUCAAUGAAAUCAGUGUAACUGUUAGGAAUCCAGUCAGUCUGCCAUGUGAUGUGGAUGCUAUCCCCCCACCCAUAUUUGCAUGGAUUAAGGAUGGAGAAACCUUGUCAGGCAAUUCCCUACAACAUGUUGUCUUACCCUCUGGAACUUUGAGCAUUGCUGCUGUUGAAGUAGAUGAUGCUGGUAUAUACAGAUGCAUUGCAACCAAUGUGGCUGGCAACUUCACAAAGGAGUUUGUUCUUGAUGUCCAUGUUCCUCCAUCUGUUAGAGAUGGAACAGUGACCAUUAGGGAUGUUACUGUUACAUUCAACACUUCUGUUACCCUGGAUUGCUUGGUUAGUGGCAUCCCAAGACCUUCGGUUCAAUGGCUGAAGAAUGGAAAGGAUGUACAAAUUGGAGGUCAAGUCAUACUCAAAAACUCUGGGGAGACACUGCAUAUCCCCAGAGCAAGUCUUCAGGAUGGGGGAGUGUACAUGUGUGUUGCUACAAACAUUGCAGGGGAGGAUACUCAAUCGUGGGCUGUGACAGUGUUUGUUCCUCCCAGUAUAUCAGAUAGUCAGAGCAUGGUAGUCCUGAAACCGCUGGAGACUGAGGACGUCUCUAUGGCCUGUCAAGCUACUGGUGUUCCUGCACCGGUUUUUGUCUGGCUGAAGAAUGGCCAUUCCUGGCCUGUUGGUAACAGUAAAGUAACAACAGAGAUACAGACCACCCUACAGAGUGAUGGGCAGAGUAGUGUGUCCAAUUAUCUCACCAUCAGGAAUGUAAAGGUUGGUGACACUGCCAUUUAUAAAUGCAUUGCCAGGAACUCUGCUGGGGAGAGUAACAAGAACUUCAACAUCAGUGUCCUUGUGAAACCUCAAAUCUCUGGGCCUGAACCACCGACUCCCAUGAUUGUACAAGUUGGGACAUCCCUGUCUCUGGAAUGCAUCUCCAAUGGAGUCCCAGCUCCCACAGUGCAGUGGAGGAAGGACGGUGCUCUGCUGUCUUCAGAUGGUCGAUUGACAUUACUGUCCCGGGGACAGCUGCUGAACAUCAACACUGCAAUCCAGAAUGAUGAGGGGCUGUACACUUGUGUAGCUUCAAAUGAGGGAGGGCAGGCAUCCAGGAGCUUUAGAGUUAAUAUUCAUGUUCCUUCUCAGAUAGCUGGUGCAGACAUACGUGAAAACAUGACCACAAUAGCCGGUGACAUAGUGGAACUGCAGUGUGAUGCCAGUGGGAACCCCCAGCCAGCUGUUACAUGGACCAAAGUAGGCCACCAUGGUGGUAAAAUAGACAGAUGGAAACUUCUCAAUGAAGGUCACACUCUGCAGAUAGUCCAAGUCCAACCUGAGGACAGUGGCAUGUAUCUGUGCACAGCCAUUAACAGUGCAGGAGACGAUGAGCGAGAAUAUUUUGUCAAAGUACUUGUACCCCCUUCAAUAGACCUCACUGGAUCAGGUGCAGAUGUAACAGCAGUUAUCAACAGACCUAUGGAGCUUACGUGUCCGGUAGAAGGUAUUCCCACACCUCAAGUUAGAUGGCUUCACAAUCAGAAACGUGUGAACCAAGAUGAGAACAUUCGCAUCACCAGACAGGGCCAGACACUGUCUAUAUCUAGUGUACACGUCUCUCAUCGAGGCACAUUCACCUGUAUUGCAAGCAACAUUGUUGGGGAAGAGCAAAGAAGCUUCAGGACCAUAGUGCAAGUUCCUCCCAAAAUAGCUAUCAGUGAGGAAACAACCAAUGUAGUUUCCUUGUUGGGGAGUCAACUGGAGCUGCACUGCAAUGCCUCAGGAGACCCUCCCCCCACCACUAGUUGGCUGAAGGAGGGAUUGCUCAUCACAGCUGACACCCCUGGGGUUGAAAUCCUGGGCAACAAGCUCACAAUCCUGGGUGCAAAUCUGAAGGACAGCGGCAGUUACACCUGUGUUGCAAACAAUGCUGCUGGAGAAGAUGACCACAAUUUUGAUGUACAGAUACAAGUUGUCCCAGAAAUCAAAGGCGAAGCAUCAACGGAUGUGCGUACUGUGGUGGGGAACUCUGUUACUCUGCUCUGUGAGGCUGAUGGCCAACCACCACCAUCUCUGCUAUGGUUGAAGGAUGGUCAGACCUUACCACAGAUCUCCAGAUUAAGGGUUCUCAGCGAUGGUCGGAAGCUGAGAAUAUUAAGUGUCCAGAAAGCAGACAGUGGACUCUACACCUGCAUUGCCAGCAAUGUGGUUGGAGAAAAUCAGAAGAACUUUAUCUUGACUUCUCUCGUACCACCAAGGCUACAAGAUAAGGAUGUACCCAAAGACAUCACAAUUAUAGAAGGGGAGAGUGUGGAGCUCAACUGCAGGUCAGAAGGAUCACCUCCUCCUGUGGUCACUUGGCAGAAAGAUGACCAGAACAUCCACCUGAGCAUAUCAAAUGAUGGACAAACUCUCAUGCUGGAAAAUGCCAGAGUGAAGGACUCAGGGGUGUACAGAUGCCUGGUAGCAAAUCCAGCAGGAAACACCACCAAAGUCUACAAUAUUUCAGUGCAUGUGCCUCCUGUCAUUUCCAUUGCGGAGUCCUUAGUGACAGUAGGAGUUGGAGAAGUAGCUCUACUGACCUGCCAGGCAGAAGGCGUACCUCAUCCAACCAUUACAUGGCGCAAAGAUGGGGUGUUCUUAACGAACAGGGACAGUGGAAAGUAUCGGGUACUUCCCUCAGGAUCUGUGCAGAUCUCUUCGGCCAGUAUACAGGAUGCUGGUCUGUACACGUGCAUGGCCUCUAAUGAAGCUGGCACUGACCAGCAGAGGAUUCAACUCUUUGUUCAUGUGCAACCAACAAUAGGACCCGGGGCUACCUCUGUCACUGCCUUGGUCAACUCUCCAGCAUUACUAUCCUGUGAAGUUACAGGUGUUCCUGCACCCACUGUCACAUGGUACCAUGAAGGUGCCCCGUUGGACUCUGAUGAACUGAACUACCAGCUCCUGCCUUCUGGGUCUUUGCGCAUCACAGCAGUGAAACUUUAUGAUCAGGGCAUCUUCACAUGUCAGGCCAGCAACACACAGGGGAGCUCUGAGAGAGACUUGCUGUUGCAGGUGCAAGAGCCCCCCACUAUUGAGGAAGGUGGGACCGACAGUGUGGUAAUGGUGGGAGAAGUCAUCACUCUGGAAUGCAAAGUGUCUGGAGUUCCCACUCCGACUGUGGAUUGGCUGAAGGACGGAUCUGUUGUUCCUAUGACUGACAGAACAAGUUUAGUGUCUACAGGACUGCAAAUAUCUGCUGCUGUUGUUAGGGAUUCUGGGCAGUAUUCAUGUACAGCUACUAAUGCAGCUGGGACAGCCACCAAACAAAUACAGCUGAAUGUACGGGAUCCACCAAGAAUCAAUGAUGAGGAUCCUACAGACAUUUCUGUAGUUGUGAACUCAGAUGUCGUGCUGCCAUGCAGAGUCAUGGGAAGUCCUCAUCCCAGGGUAACAUGGCAGAAAAGAGGGCAGUUUCUCCACGAUGACAACGGAUUUACCCAGAGAGACGAUCACUCACUAGAAAUUAGAAGAAUAAAGGUGGCAGACAGUGGGGUGUAUAGCUGUGUUGCUCAGAAUAAUGCUGGUACAGCUGUACGAAAAGUAAAGGUAUUUGUGCAAGUGCCACCUGUCAUAGAGGAUGGCCCCAGGACUAUCAUUACCAAGCAGGGCCUGUCGGUGACCUUACCUUGUUUGUCCAGUGGCAGACCACGUCCAUCUAUCAACUGGGAGUUCAAUGGGAAACCUAUUGUCAGCACAGAUUUCCAGCACCAGAUGCUGUUUUCUGGUGGACUUCAGAUACCCAUUGCCCAACUGGAGCACACAGGCACAUAUGCUUGUAAAGUAACCAAUGAAGCUGGGUCUUCAUCUCGGACCAUUACCUUGGAGGUGCAGGCACCUCCAGUGAUCGCACCAGUCCAGACCCAGAGAACAGUUGUGGAAGGCCAAGAUGUAUCCUUACCAUGUGAGGCAGAAGGAACUCCUGUUCCAGCCAUAACAUGGUUGAAGGACCAACAGGUUUUAAAUUUGCAGACUUCAAGGAUACAGGUCAGCCCUGGCCAGCUUACCAUCAAAGAAGCACAGAGAGAUGAUGGUGGUGAAUAUAUCUGUUCAGCUAUUAAUGCUGCAGGGGAGGACUCACACUCUUUCACACUACUUAUUUUUGUUGUGCCAUCUUUGACACAAUUUCCUGGAGACACAAAGGUUACAGAGGGAGAAGACAUACAGCUGGAGUGUGCAGCAGAGGGAGUCCCCACACCCGUUAUCACAUGGACAUUCCGAGGGAAAAUUAUUCCAGCAUCCAGUGUGAAUGGUUACAGCUCACUGGUGGUGAGAAAUGCCAGGAAGAAAGAUGAAGGGACCUAUUCCUGUGUGGCAGAAAACACUGCUGGCAGACGCAGAGUGGUGGCAGCUGUCAAAGUUAACAUACCUCCAAGAGUCGUAAAGAGGCCAGAGAGUAAGGCAGUAACAGUAGCAGGCAAGGUUGUUUUGACCUGUAGUGUGUCAGGAGACCCUCCGCCCAGGAUCCGAUGGCUCAAGUCUGGGGAGUUUGUAAAAUCUAGCAACCGUAUCCAGCUUCUGAAGAAUGGAUCUCUGGUCAUCAAUGGGGCAACAGCAGAAGACAAGGGCCUUUAUGAGUGCAGAGCAUUUAAUGAAAUAGGAACUGUAGUGGCAGGGACAGCAGAGCUGACUUUGCAAGAUUCACCACAGAUAGUGGUGAAACCUGAGGAUGUUGUGGUGGACCAAGGUGGUACCAUCCUGGUGAACUGUGGAGCCAUGGGAGAGCCAGCCCCUUCCAUUCAAUGGCAGCGGGAAGGAAUUACCAUUAUUACUGAGGACAGGUUUGUUUAGGCUUAAUGACCCAUC